AUGUACGAGGCUUGUGUGCACACCUUCCGGGACCGAAGCCUUCACCGGACAAUAGAUGGAUUAGCCUACCCAAAAACUGGGCCGUCAAAGUCUAGUUAUGUCAACCCGAAUCCCCUGUAUCUGGCCUUGGAGACCAUGGCAGUCAUUGCUGUACGAUUCACGUCUCGUUUAGAGGGUGACUCUCUUGGGUACAUACGCAGAGAAAGGCCCGGCUCUAGAACGCCGAGUUCGGCCGGACAACCGCCAGGCCUUAUAUUCCUCUUCACCGGCGGCAGAUGUGAUGCUUCUCACGGAAGCCCCGGGACGUACUCCACGGAGAAUGGAGUCAACGGCGGAAAGCAACGGCUUGCUUUCCUCUAUACUCUUACAGCAGGGAGCUGCGAGCACAACUCGGAGAGCAUCUCGUCCGCGAGAGGGUGGAUGGUGGCCAUGAACAAUGAGCUAUACCAGGAAGAGCCUGAUCCCCGGCAGCUUACUCUGCACUCUGCACUCGUACCUCGUAGGAGCACUGUCAUUGCUUCGAGACUGUGGCUUCAACGAGCAAAGUGCCAUCCUUGCGGGAGUGCCGACCCGGGGAUAGAAGACCCGCAGCCAUGCACUCUCCCAGCAGAAAAGCAGCCUCCCGGCAAAAAGACUGGAAGCCCCGGAUCGUUCGAGAAGAAGAUGAAUAAGAAGCGGGCGCCAUCGGCGGACACCGCAGGUUCAUCUAGCGGAGGCAGACACGUGUUGGACGCCGAGCAAGAGACGAGGCUCCCACCUCGCAGUCACCGGCAGUCUGGCCCAGUUCCGGGGCAAACAUCUCGAUGCUCGCCUCGCCACGGUGAUGUGCAGCGGGACUCGACGAAUCCGGCACGGAUAGGCGACGACCUGGAGCGUUCGAGGAGCUUAUCGUCGUCGCAAGUUGGCACAAAGGAGGGUCCCUCUUGUCUCAGCUUUACAGCCAUCAAGGAUGCCAGUUCCGACGUGGCUGCGGCAGAAUGA